UCGGAGGGGGAGGCUCAGACUCGUAUCAAACUUCGCCGGAGCCGAGCGGCUCGAAAGGAAGCACGGCUGGGGAGAAGGUCCGCACAGGCUCAUCCGAGCCAGCCAGCUAAGGGGACUUUACUCACUUCCGCGCGGCGAGAGAAAAACUCCUGAAGGCCGGAGCAGCCGCUCGCUGCCGAACUGACCUCUCCGAGUCCUCCUUCCGUAACAUGCGAGAAGCGCCUUCGCUGAACCCUGGAGGGGUUUUCCGCCAGUUCCGCGUGGAUCUAAUGGCACCGCAAAAGCUCUAGGAUCGCUGGGCGAGCUUGGUCGGAAGAAGGUCGCGAGUGGGAGGAGCCGCAUUCCCGGAGCGAGGCGCCCGACCGCUAGGCCCCGCCAGGCCCGGCCGGCACGAUGGGGAGCAAGGCCCUGCCGGCGCCCAUCCCGCUGCACCCGUCGCUGCAGCUGACCAACUACUCCUUCCUGCAGGCCGUCAACACCUUCCCGGCCGCCGUGGACCACCUGCAGGGCCUCUACGGCCUGAGCGCCGUCCACACCAUGCACAUGAACCACUGGACGCUGGGCUGCUACGCCGCGGCCGCGGCCGCCACGGCCGGCGGGACCGGCCCGGCCGAGAUCAGCCGCUGCUCGGCGCUGAGCGAGAUGGCGGCGGCGCAGGGCCUGGUGGAGCGCUUCCCCUUCCCGGCGCUGCCCUUCGCCACGCACCUCUUCCACCCCAAGCAGGCGGCCGCCAUCGCCCACGUGCUGCCGGCCCUGCGCAAGGAGCGGCCGCGCUUCGACUUCGCCAACCUGGCCGCGGCCGCCACGCAGGAGGACCCGCCCAAGGCGCACCAGGCGGCGGCCCAGGCGCAGGGUGAGCUGGCCAAGCUGGGCGGGCCCCUCUCGGCGGCGCUGGGCAAGCUCUCCCCGGAGCGCAAGCCGGCGCGCGGCAGGCUGCCCUCCAAGACCAAGAAGGAGUUCAUCUGCAAGUUCUGCGGCCGCCACUUCACCAAGUCCUACAACCUGCUCAUCCACGAGAGGACCCACACGGACGAGCGGCCCUACACGUGCGACAUCUGCCACAAGGCCUUCCGGAGGCAGGACCACCUGCGCGACCACAGGUAUAUCCAUUCCAAAGAAAAACCGUUCAAAUGUCAGGAAUGUGGGAAAGGAUUUUGCCAGUCCAGGACCCUAGCAGUUCAUAAAACAUUACACAUGCAGGAAUCUCCACACAAAUGCCCCACAUGUGGAAGAACCUUUAAUCAAAGAAGUAACCUGAAAACUCACCUUCUCACCCAUACAGACAUCAAGCCCUACAACUGUGAGCAGUGCGGCAAAGUAUUCAGGCGAAACUGUGAUCUCCGGAGGCACAGUCUAACUCACACCCCGCGGCAGGACUUCUAGAGCAGCCGAGAAUCUCCGCAGGGAGCUUAAUUCUGACUACAGGACUUGACUGUAGAUAAACCUUUAAAGCCUGUGCAACAGGCACACAGAUCGGGUAGGGGCCCAAACCUCCAGCCAGACUCUCUGGGGAAGAUGAGGAGGGGGAGGACAUUGUUCCCACCUUUCUCCCCAGCCUACACUUGGAGCGAUCGCAGGCGGAUCUCUUGUAGAUAACAUUAUGGCUCAUUUUAGAGCUCUGUACAGAACGUGGUGUGUGUAUGGUGUUUGUUUCCUACUUCUUUGCCAAAUGCAUGUUGGUAACAACAGCAACAACAAGAAAAAAUCUGGGAGUGAAAAUAUCUUUUUAAAAGUGUAUUUCAAAAUAAAAAAACCCUUUUCUCCUCAAAAAUA